AAAAAAGCGUCCUUGUUCCCACUUUUCGCGCCUAUAGCCAUAAGCCCUGCUUUUCCGUCUCACUAAUCACUAUUUAUCUGCAAAAGAGAUUAUAUUUUGACGCUGUUCGUUAGUUCGCUCUCGGCCAACGGCAAGUACGGUCAGCAAGCUAGAGUUUCCCAGAAUUCUUCCAGAGAAUAUACAGAAACCAGACAUGAUGAUUCCAGUUGGCUGCUGCGUUAUUCUCUCGGUAUGGCUCCUCAGCUUCCCUCUCUCUCCCCCUCCCAUCAAAGCUGCCUUCAGCCCUGAACAUGUGGUUAUGGAUGUUCAAAGGAGAAUCAACGCAUCUCUCUCCAGAAGACAACUCCUCUCGGUUGGAAAAUCCGAUCAAGCUCCCGGCUGCCUCACCGGCAACCCGAUCGACGACUGCUGGCGAUGCGACCCCAACUGGGCAGCUGACCGCCAGAAGCUGGCGGACUGUGGCAUUGGGUUCGGCUCCGACGCUGCUGGUGGCAAGGGCGGCCAGUUCUACAUCGUCACCGACCCAUCCGACGACGACCCGGUGAACCCAGCUCCGGGAACUCUUCGGCACGCCGUAAUCCAAGACAUGCCCCUCUGGAUCGUGUUCGCUGGCAACAUGAUGAUCGCCCUUAAGCAGGAGCUCAUGUUCAACAGCUUCAAGACCAUGGACGGGCGUGGCGCCAGCGUGCACAUCAUCGGCAACGGCUGCAUCACCCUGCAAUACGUCACCAACAUCAUCAUCCACAACGUGCAUAUCCACCACUGCAGGCCGUCGAGCAAAGGUAUGAUACGGGCGAGUCCAACAAAGGCAGGGUUGAGAGGGGGAUCAGACGGCGACGGGGUGUCGAUCUAUGGGUCGGAGAAGAUCUGGAUAGACCACUGCACGCUGGCGUAUUGCAGGGACGGCCUAAUAGACGCGAUAAUGGGGUCGACGGGGAUAACGAUAUCGAACAACCAAUUCUCACACCACGACAAGGUGAUGCUGUUGGGGCACGACGAUAGGUAUACAGGGGACAGGAGGAUGCAGGUGACAGUAGCGUUCAAUCACUUCGGGGAGAAGCUGGUGCAGCGGAUGCCACGAUGCAGGCACGGGUACGUACACGUGGUGAACAACGAUUAUACGCAGUGGGAAAUGUACGCAAUCGGCGGCAGUGCGAGGCCCACCAUAAACAGCCAGGGGAACCGCUACAGUGCUCCGGCCAAUCCUAAUGCUAAAGAGGUGACCAAGAGGGUGGACGCGGACGAGAGAGAGUGGGCGAGUUGGAGUUGGAAAACGGAGGGAGACCUCAUGAUGAACGGAGCAUACUUCGUGGCAUCCGGCGAUUGGGUUAGCACCCAGUACGCGCAGGACUCGUCUCUCCCACCCCAAUCCGCCCUUCAUAUCGACCUCCUCACCCUCAACGCCGGCGUCUUCAACGAUCCCAGGGAAAGUGGUGAUGUGUAUCCGCUGUUCCUCCAGAACGGAGUGAUUUUGAAUAAUGCUGCUGCGCCACCCUCCUCCCCCCUCCUGUCUCUUGUAUUCUUAUUAGUUUAUGUAUUCGAUUAAUGUUUCGUUUC